GGAAAAAAAACACUGAAAGAAACAAAAUUAUCGACUGUUUGAAUGAAUUAAAAUCGAAUUCUUCCUUGCCAUCGCAUCUUCAUCCAGUCACUCGACUAUCUCUAUCACAAAUUCACAUGAACCCGCCGCUGUUAUUUCCUCCGGCGCGACGUCGCUGUGCUGCUGGCCUCCUUUGUCCCAUGUGACCUAUCUCCAUCGAAAUGGGAUUUGAAGAAUAAAGUUAACACCCCAAAUCCCAGAGUUUGUGAAAUUAAGGUGGACAAACAACAUAUAAUAGUUAAAGAAAGGAUAUGGUGCAUGACUGAAAGAAAUAGCGAUCAAGGCUUUUGGACGUUAUGAGGAGAUAUGGUACUAUUGAAAUAAUAUUAGGGAUUUAUACAAGAUGAAAGAAGGAUCCAUAAAGUGACAGCUAUGCAACGUUGCAUACGUGUAUUCUCUUCUUCAAUCUCCACUCUAUAACCCGACAUAUGAUCAGCCCUUCAUUCAAGAUUGGAUUAAAGAUGGUAAUAGUUUUUGUCCUGUAUCUGGUCAACCGUCCCACGCUACAUUGAUCCCAAAUUAUUUGCUUGAUGAUAUGAUUGAGAGUUGGAAUGUAAAUCCCUUACUCGAGCUGCCAGAAUAUAAUCCCAAUCCCAACGACGAGGUCAAUGAGGGCGAUCUUCAAUCCAUAAUGAAAAGUAUCUCAUCGGCGGAUAAAUUGGAAGACCAGAAGUUCAAUGCAUUGAGAUUGCGUCAGUUAACAGAAACAAAUCCUUCAAUCCGAGCUGAAUUUGGUGAAUCUGGUGAUAAUGUGGCAAUGCUAAUCGAUGCCAUCUCUAGAGCCGAUGCCCUAUCUAAAUCCCAACAUAUCUGGUACAUUGAUAUGAUAGAAAAACGGUAUGAUGACUUAGCAGAGAAUGAGAUUGAUGAUAUUGAUACCUCGGACAAAGAUUUGAAAAGAUUGCACGAUGAUUUGAGAGAGAAUCUGAUUGCCACCAUCACGAGUGUAUCCAUCCACAGUGACAACAUCAAGAAGUCCAUUGCAGAGACGCCUGACGCUGUUCAACUUCUUGUUAAUGCGAUGCAUUAUAGGGGGCGUGAAGAGCUAAGAACAACAGCCGUUGUUGCCAUAAGGACAUUGUGUAGUCUCGACUCCAACAAAAUAUUAUUUGCUAAAGCUGAGAAGAUCUUUAAGUACCUCACACGGAUGUUUGACUUUAGAGAUGGUUUGGUAUUGAAAGCGGCUUUCGGCACGAUACUCAGUUUGUGGUCCUUCUUAGAUGACACGGAGUCCAACUCCGUGUUUACCAUUGAGCCAAGUGUAAAAGCUCAUGUGAUUAAAGGUAUCAUAAAACUGAUCGAGGCUAGGUGUUUUUUGGAUGAUGUGCUAGAGUUCCUUGCGAGGCUUUCGAUCCACGAUGAUGCGACAGAGAAGAUGGUCAUGUAUGAUGCAACCACCUGCUUGUUCUAUGUUUUAAGGAAGAAUCCUAGUCUGCACACCAAGGAGAACUGCGCGGUCAUCCUACACGCGAUCUGCUGCAAAAAGGAUCAUCGCACACUGAUCGAAAUGAGAUCAGAGGAAAAGUCUCGUCGCACGCUGUCUCGACUCGUUGAGGGAGGCACUCCUAGGGCCAUAAUAAAAGUUAAUGGCAUCCUAGAGAGACUGAAGGAAUGAACGACCUGACAUGAACCAAAAGAAGCAUUUUUUUCUAUCAUUGGUGUAUUAGUUCAGGAAUUUAUUUUCUGGUAUCUGUACCAUCCUUGUGACUGAGGCUCUGAUUGGCUUCUUUUCUGUUGGCAUUGUGUCGUUGCUAUUUCCCUUUUUUUGCCAUGUCACCCAUAUUUUCAGUAUUAUUGAGUCCUCGUACGUUGGCAUCUUUUUAUUAAAACUAUGGUCUUUUUGUAAAUCCCUAGUGCUAUUUGAUAUCAUAUGAAUAUGACUAUGACUUUGGUUUGAA